GAUAGCCUACAUACGGCAUUUCAUUCGAUCGCUGACAUUGACCAACCAUUGACCGGUCGAGACGCGUGUGACAGGUCCCACACUUGCACGUUCAUUAUCAUCCUCCUUCUUCUGCACAGCGCGUUGGCCGAACGGCGGUGGCAAAAGGAUUAUUCUGGACAGUACAGUUAACAGUGGCAUCAGUGUUAAAUGAAUCCUGCUGAACUCAAUCAGUACCAACCUGUCGCUACCUUUGAGAAGCUCGAAACCUCACACUUCUGCAAGAUGGAGAAGGGUAGUCCAUCACGCCAGUUUAUGGCUGGCAUAAUUGUUAAUCUGGCCUCAGUUAUGGUCGGCACGUCGCUAGGCUGGACCUCACCGGUUGGACCCAAGUUUGCCUCGAAAGAUACCACACCACUCGAUACGAUCCCAACGGCAUCAGAAAGCUCAUGGAUCGCAUCACUAGUAGCAAUGGGUGCAUUGAUUGCACCCUUCAUUGCUGGCCCGUUGGCGGAACGAAUUGGCCGUAAGUUCACCCUGCUGGGGAGCUCCAUCUUUUUCCUCGUAUCGUUUAUAUUGCUGCUGACGACAGAAACGGUUGUGCAGGUGCUGAUUGCCCGGUUCAUCCAAGGGCUGGGCGUUGGCUUUGUGAUGACCGUCCAAACCAUGUACAUUGGUGAGAUCGCCAGCAACGAGUACCGCGGUGCACUCGGAUCACUUAUGCAGUUGUGCAUCGUUACUGGCAUCCUGUACGUGUACAGCAUUGGCCCGUACGUUUCGUACCAUGCGCUGCAGUGGGCCUGCAUCGUCCUGCCGAUCGCAUUCGAUGCAACGUUCUUCUUCAUGCCCGAAACACCGGCCUACUACAUCUCGAAGGGUGAUAAGGAAAAGGCCGUGGAGUCGUUGUGUUUUUUGCGCGGCAAAACCGUGGACGGUGUGCAGGAGGAGCUGCACGAAAUUUCCACCACGGUCGAGGAGUCGCUCAGGAACAAAGGCUCCGUAAUGGAUCUGUUCCGGAAUGCGGGCAACGUAAAGGCGCUGAUCAUCUGUGCCGGUCUGAUUAGCUUCCAGCAGCUGUCCGGCAUCAACGUGAUACUGUUCUACAGUCAAAACAUCUUCGAAAGCACCGGCAGCAGCCUGUCGCCGGCCGUCUCGACCAUCCUGGUCGGUGCGGUGCAGGUGCUGGCGAGCGGGGCCACCCCACUGAUUGUCGAUCGGCUGGGACGGAAGCCCAUCCUGCUGACGUCCGCCGGCGGUAUGUGCAUUUCGCUCGGCACGAUGGGGCUGUACUUUUUCCUCAAGCACACGGAAUCACCGUCGGUGGACAGUCUCGGCUGGCUGCCGAUCAUGUCGCUGAUCGUGUUCGUGACCGUGUACUGCAUCGGGUUUGGGCCGCUGCCGUGGGCUGUGCUGGGUGAGAUGUUCCCGGCGAACGUGAAAUCGAUCGCUUCGUCGAUCGUUGCCUCCACCUGCUGGGUGUUGGGCUUUAUUAUUUUGCAGUUUUUCGCCGACCUGGAUAAGGCGGUCGGGUCGCACUGGUCGUUCUGGAUCUUUGGCAUCCUGUGCGCGGUUGCGUUCGUGUUUACCUUCACCACGUUGAUGGAAACCAAGGGCCUCAGUCUGCAGGAGAUUCAGGAUCGACUGAACGGUAAGGUGUAAGGUGCGGUUCGGGCCUGUAGCGAUUGACUCAUGGCUUUGUUUUAUCUACUAACACCACCAUUGCGGUAGUGUAGUGCUCAAGAAGCAGAUGCUAUUAGCGUUUAUUGUUUGUUUUUUUCCUUCCACUUCGUCAGUGUAGUUAGCUUUCACCCGCACCAAAGUGAUACGUUCGUUAGGGACAUACGAGGGAACGAACGACUGUGUUGAAUGUAUUGUGUUAAUUUACUUAAAUAAAAGUAUAUGUGGUAUAAAGUG